AUGGCGCCCUCCCGCUCGUCCAAGUCCCGCCCAAGAUCCAGAUCAAGAGAAUACAGGGACGCACCAGACCCACCUCGCAAACGCCUCAAAAAACAGAAAUCAAAUGGCCUCCUAACGGGUGUAUUUAGCUUCGUAUCGCAAGAAAUACACAAUUUCGUGGCAAACGCGACUGGGAAUGUCACGUCUGACCAGGAGGAAGAAGAUGACUACUCGAGUUCCGAACAUUCGUCAGAGGGAGUGGAAGAGGAAGACGAUGAAGACUAUCCACCGAUAGAAACACCAACGAAGAAGAAAAAGUCUCGUUCGAAUAAUAAACGCUCGCCAUCGCCUUCUCCUCUCGUUCACCGCAAGCGAACACGCUCCUCUUCGCGCGAACCGAAACGUCCUCGAAAACUGUCAAAAGAACGGGAAGAAAAGCCUGAAGCAGCCCCUCCAGUACCACCGCGCCCAAUCCUCUCGCGCCGCAAAUCUGAAGGGACAUUAAUGCCAGGCUCGCUGUACCCUCUCUCUCCAGGACGCGAAGACGAGGACGAGGACGACCGUCCUCCCCGACACGUCCAUUUCGAACUUGGUUCCUCGUCUUCACACCCUGUCGACCUGACAGACGACAACCACGACGAAGAAGACGAGCAUGCAGAUGCAUCAUCUCCCGUGCAAAGGGCGCCGACGAAGAAAAAGGGCGAAAAGGUCCAAGCAUCCCCUUCGACACCAUCUUCAGCCGUUCGAGCCGCCGUAGCACGCUUCAGAGACGACCCAUCCACCGACACCUCGAUUUUGCUCCCCAAUAAAUCAACCUCCCCAAUGCGCCUGACCACUACCCCCUCCCGAUCCACGCCCUCGUCGUCCAUGGCGUUCUCCCCUUCCUCUGGUGAUAGACUAAGCGCCAAAGCUAAAGGCAAACAGCCCGUCCGCAACGUACCUCUGGAUCCAUUCGCAUUCGCCGAUAUCGAGCACGUUGAAUCUGCCACUAACCAACAGAUCCAAGAGCAAAUCACCCAAACCUCUGCCGCGAUCCGUCAGAACGAGGGGUCUUCAGAGGAGGAUAAACGUCGAAUCCGGGCCUUAGAAGAGGAAGUUAGACGACUAAGAGAAGAGCUCGCUCGCCGACCUGCCCCUCCUACCGACCCAACAACGCCCUUCACGUUUGCUCCUCCACCGCCCCCUCCACCACCACCUCCGCCCCCAACAAACCACAUCAUCCGCGCCCCAAGCACUCUCACUCCUUCCUCCGCCUCAACCCUCUUUUCAGCCGUCCGCGCCUCUCUCAAACAUGCACCCACGCCCAAAGAAAAACCAAUAAACUCUCGUCUGGCCCAACCAGCUGUCGGCCUCCCACUUGAUAAAAUGGCAGCCUUCCUAAACGAAAUGAAGACCGUACGGUUGAGAAAGGUGGCAGACCGGUCGUUCUCGAGUGAUGGGGAUUUGACUGUGUUGGGUGGGAAGGGGAAGGAUGUGUCGUCGUCUUCGUUCACAUUUGGAAGUACCCGUGGUGGUGCGGGCAGUCAGAGUUGGUCUGCAGGGAACCAGACUGUCGGCGAUAUCAGUCUCAACUUGAGCCAGUUUAGGAGGAAAGACGUUACUGGUGGUGAAAGCAGUCGGGCGUCGGGGUCAGGUUUGAGUUCGAGUUCCACCUCGCGUGCUACUGUAGCGAAGAAAAGCGCUCCAGCGCCCCCUGCCGCAGCCCAAGAACAGAGAAAGGAACCGCCACCACCGACUUCCCAACCUAUUGCUGGCGAGAAACGCAAGAGGCGAAUCGACGACACAGAUGGCGACUUUAUCGACAGCGGUAACACAAGCACCAGCAUCGGUAACACCAGUGUCAGUGGUAACAACUCUAUCCUCAGCCGCGUCCUCAAACGUCGCUCGCUGGCUAAUCCAGACGGGAGCUUCUCCUCGAACGUUCGGUUGCCUCAGCGGGACGGGUACACGUCCACUUCUAUCGCAUCAACAGUCUCUGUCUCCUCUCAGACACCGCAGUCGGAAACCCGCGUGCCUGCGAAAGCGCAACCACGACCUUCCGUUGGAUCCUCGAGUGUCAUACUGCGGGAGAAUGGGAUCAUACGCGAUUGGCGAGCUGGUACCAGUACUCCCCGGGUUGAGCAGGCUCAGCGACAAGAAGGCCCCUCGUCUUCUUCGCAGGCACAUACUCGGCCGCAAACGUCUCCGGGCUCAACCUCGAGCAUUACACUCCGCGAAAAUGGUAUCAUCCGCGACUGGCGUUCCUCGACUGCAGCGGCGAUGCCUCCCCCGAGGACGGGUUCAACAACAGCAAGAGGACCACUGGGAGUCGUGGACCCGAGGACGGAAGCACCCACCCCGUCCUUAUGUUCGGACCAAGAUGGCGAGAGUCACGAAGAUUUUGUACCUCGUACGCCUCCCAACGCAUUCUCGGUUUCUCUUUCUUUACCUUCUCAUUCUGGAGGUCGCGACGAACAUGGGAGUGAACAUCCAGAGCACGAGGCUGAGCAUCGACAUGAAGGUGAACAUAUGGACCAAGGGGAAUUCCGGUACGAAGGAGUGGAACACGGGCACAAUGUGGAGGAACACGAAUCUGGGUUUGAGCACCAGUACGAAGAGGGACAUGGACAAGAACUCGACCUAGGCGAGGAAGAGGUCUACGUCAUGAACCUGUCCCACCGCAAACAAACCCCAGAACCCGAAUUCGAGCAUCACAAAUCCGGGGAAACGUCCAUCACAUACCAAGUCAAGCUUCGCAUUCCUCCUGAAGACGAGGACGAGGAGCAUGGCGAGGUCGUAGAAGUACAUCCUGACACAAACCCAUUUGCCGAGGAGCACCAGCACAGCAUGGCAGCUACCUCCACUCCCCAUCCUUCCAGUGGUCGUACGGCGAGACUGAGCGCUGCUGGUAAUACCAACGACACACCUUUUCUCUCCCCAGAGACUCGGCCUAACCCAUUCCACAAACGGCCAAGAACAUCGCCUCUCCCCAGUCACUCUCCCCGUCGACCCCGUCCUCCAGCUGCCAACCGCCAUAGCACAGGUUCUCGCGUACACAGUUCACCAGGUCUAGGAACAAGUUCCCGAGUCCAAGGGUCUCCCCCAAGUUUAGCUUCUCGCGACAUCCAAACCUCUCCAAGCCUGGGUUCCCGAGCCCAAUUGCAAUUGACACCGCCUCCAGGUAUCGGUUCUCCAGUUCGCAGGUCUCCCACGAAAUCCCGAGUCCUACGUUCUCCCCCACCGCCGCCUCGACAGGAGUCUGAUGACGAGGAUGAAGAGGAUGACGACAGGGAAGCAGUCGGAAAGGGGGAACCGGAGCAACAGAGACAGGGUGACCAACAGCUGGAACACGAGAAUCGCGGACAAACCCAAUCCGACAACCACCAGAUGGAGAUGGAAGACGAGGAAGAAGACCCUCUUUCCUUGUCCUUCCCGAACGGCAACAUCUCUUCGAUAUCCACUGCGGGGGCUUCCACUUCCAAAUACAAAUCGACUCCCAGAUUCACUCCGAAGACCAGUCAAUCCGACCUUGCGACACCUAUGACAAACGGAGUGAAUGGAAGUGAAAGUGGAGGAAGCAUCAGCAUCGCCAUGGCUCGGGCAAAAACCGGAACACCGCAUCCAGCUGCAAAGAGGCGUAGUCUCGCUACGUCUGCUUCUUUGGGGUCUUUGAGAGCACAUGCACAGGCGCAGGCGGCACAAAGUCAAUCCCAAGCUGCUUCUUCGGCCAACACAAGUGUAGGCGGUGGUAGAGAUGCGGGAAGUACCACCACAGCCCUUCCGUCUAGGAUCCCAAAACCUUCCAGGUUGCCCAAAUCCUCGGCGUCUAACCCAAAUCUCCGAGCUGCAAACGCCAAAGCGUCUAGCUCCACCUCGAUAUCGGCAGCCCCGUCCUCCCGGCUACCUAAACCUUCCAACAAAGCCUCCACCUCUGCUUCCUCAAUGUCCGCGUCCGCAUUCCGACCUACCAAAUCUUCUGCGUCCGCCUCGACCUCGUCGAAACUCCCUACCUCAACCUCCUCAAAACCCCCUGCGUUCAAACCCCAGAAACGCCGCCAAACGCUCGAUGAAGAACUCCGCGCCGCGCUACCACUCUUGACAGACGAACAACUCGACUUUUUGGACUCGAGCGAUGAUGUUUAUAUGGGUGUGGGGAGUAUGGAACCUCAUGGGUUCAUGGCCCAUGGUGGGGCAGGAGGGCCACCUGUAUUCAUGGAUCCAGGGCCCGAGACGCCUGAACGGUUUCGGUGA